ACGCAGGCAAACGACCAAUGGCAUCGGCCACCAGAUUCGUACCGCUUCUUCUGAGCUCGCGAAUUUAUUAAGCGCUUGCUUCUCUCUCAUUUGGAUGAUUACUAUGUCGUUUCCGGCAUGCAGUGAUCAAUCGGCCGGCAAUAUGAGCAAGAAAUAGCGAUCUUCGAAUUUGGGAUUUCUGUAAUUGGGGGAGGAGGCCUAGAGGUUCGCAUAAGAAAUUGAACAUUUGGAGUGUUUUGGAGCGAUUAAUCUAGGGUUCUUCGAGGAGGAAGGCGGCGGAGGAGGAGAUGAAGAUGGUGCUUGGAAGCCCUGGGACCCGGAGCGGGCUUUUUCUGAGGACUGGCCAGAUUACCUUCGCCGGGGUUUCAAUCGCCGUCAUGCUCUCUGCCUUCGGGUUCGCCAAUUACACCGCUUUCUGUUACUUGGUUGCUUCUAUGGGACUGCAAGCUCUGUGGAGUUUGGGCCUAGCAUGCCUUGACAUAUAUGCAAUAAAGGUCAAAAGAGAUCUACAUAACCAUUUGCUAGUGAGCUUGUUCGUAGUAGGUGACUGGGUAACAGGAACUCUGUCCCUGGCAGCAGCAUGCUCCUCAGCAGGUGUGACUGUUUUGUUUGUGAGGGACACGGACUUCUGCAAAUCAUUUCCUCAGCUUUCAUGUGGUAAAUUACAAGUCUCUACCGCUAUGGCUUUUAUCACAUGGAUGUUUGUCUCAGCAUCUGCUCUAGUCAUGUCGUGGAUCCUGACAUCUAGCUAGCUGAUUAUAAAUGUUUUUAUUUUUUUUUAUUUUUUGGGGGUUUCCCUGUGCCUGGGUUGUUGAAAUUUCAUCUUCUGUUCUGGUCUAGUCAUGAUUUGGAUUCUAACAUCUGGCUGAUUAUACAUGUACACUGUUCUUUGUUAUUUGUUCUUUGUUCUUUGUUCUUUUUUUUUGUUUUUGUUUUUGAAAUACCACUUUGUAAAGAUAACAGAUAGAAUUUGUUAUGAGUGCCACCUUAAUUUGUGAUAGUGAAACAGUUUUGGGUUAACACUCCA